AUGUUUUGGGGAGACGCGGUGCUAUACGCCGUUCACAUCCUCAACCGGAGCCCCACGCGAGCAAACGCAAAGAGAGCGUCACCACUCGAGGUGCUGACGGGCAAGACGCCGAAUCUGCGUGGAAUUGUCGUUUUUGGCUCCCAUGCUCGGGGUGCGCCAUCAUUGUCGUCGUCGUCGGCUAUAAAACCUAAGGGCUACAAGGUGCUGCUACCGCGUGACAACAAAGUGGUCGUCACGCAGCGCAUCAAGAAUAUCGAGACAUUGACGGAGGCGCAAAACGCGAAACUCCAGCGCGCGAUGGACGUCGGCGAUCGAGCCGGAGGCCAGGAGGAUACGGACGCGCCAGCAGCAGCGGUGGCGAACGAUGGUCGCGCAGAGGGCAACAGGGCGACGCAAGCGGCUGCUCGUCAGGAGGAGACAGCCGCGAGCGGAGAAGUCGUAAAUGCUGCUUUCGAACACGAUCCGCUUAACUACGGUCAGGCGAUGCGCAGCGGCAAGCGCGAAGAGUGGGAGAAGGCGAUGCAAGAGGAGAUCGCCGCGCUCGAGGCCAACGACGUCUGGACUAUCACAAGGCGAACGGCAGGACAGCAUGCACUGCACAUUAAGUGGUUCUACAAGUCCAAGACAGAUGCGCAGGGCGACCUCGAGUGGCUGAAGGCGCGACUGGUGGCGUGUGGCAACGAACUGGUGCUUAACGUCGACUACACGCUCACCUUCGCUGCCGUGAUGGACCUAUCGACGUUCAAAGUGAUCCUGGCGCUUGCGGCUACGUGCGGGGUGACUGCCAAGCACGGUGACAUCCCCAACGCCUACGUUAAAGCGGACAAGGAGCCGCACCUCCGCAUCUAUCUACAGAUGCCGCACGGCAUGCCUGUCUCGAAGGAGACGCUACGAGCGCAAGGCGUUUCGAAUGCGAGCGAGCUGGUGCUGGAGCUGCGGAAGAGCCUCUACAGGCUCAAGCAGGCAGGACGGCUGUGGAUCCAGCUGCUGCAAUCGAAGCUCUCUACUGCCGGUUUCACGCGGUGUUUGAGCGACAUGUGUUUCUACUGGAAGCGCGACGGCGACGACCUCGUCGUGGUCGGCGUGUAUGUCGACGAUCUUCUAGCGACAGGGACGAGCGCGGCGGCGGUCGAGCGGUUCUUUGCAAGCCUCGCGUCGUUGUCGGUCAAGGACCUGGGGUGUGUCAGCAAGUUCUUGGGCAUGCGCGUGACGCACUACGGACCGACUGUGCGCCAGUUCCAGUCGCUGGUCGGCUCGCUGCUCUGGGUGGCGCGUUGCUUGCGCCCUGACAUAGUGUUUGCGGUGCACAAGUUCACGAGACGAGCCCACGCGCCUCGAUUAGCAGUCUGGAAGUUGGCUAAACGCAUCACGCAAUACCUCAAGAGUACGGCGGCGCUCAAGGUCACGAUGAUCCCAGAAGACAAUCUAGGUGCGGCGAUGCGACUAGAAGCGUUCAGCGGCGCCGACUUUGCCACCGACAAGACGGACCGGAAGUCAAUGACGGGCGGCAUCGUGAUGCUGAACGAGAUGGCCGUCAGCUGGGUCGCGCGCGAGCUGCUCGGCCUGCGCGAGAUGUUGUGCGAAGUGGGCGUAGAGCCCGCGCUUCCGAUGCAGUUGCGGGUGGACAACCAAGCGGCGAUCGCGCAGAUCGCGGGAGAGGCAUCGUCGCUGAAGGCAAAACGUGUGGAUGUGCGCCUUAAGUUCCUUUGCGACUACUCGCGUCGCGGUAUCAUCACGGCGAGCUAUGUCAGAUCGGAGCAGAUGCUCGCAGACCUCCUCACGAAGGCGUUGGACACGACGAAGCUCUCGACACUUCGCGCACUCGUGCGCAUUGGUUAA